AAAAACUUUCGGUGUGCGGUGUGCUCCGUGUCGUGAUUGCAAAGGAGAACAUUGUAAAGAUAACAGCAUCUAUUUCAGGACACAGAGACAGAGCCGUCGCAUACACAAGCGCAUAGGAUAGUCUACUCAAACUCACCAGUAGACAAACAAGACUGUGAUCCAGGGAUGAGUUGGGUAUGAAUUCGAUUGCAAUUUAGUUGGAUUCCUAAAGUUGCGUUUAUAUGAGUGAUUUGAAUGUAAAGGCAGUUGUAACCUCAUAUUUGGAACUUCACAUCAAACGUUUCGUCUCCUGAUCAACGGAUACAAAGCCCGCGUACCGGUGAGAUACUAAAUGUGGUUUGCAAAGGUUAUGGAAUAUAAUAAUUCGUUUUGUUAAAUUGGAAGAAAUGGCAUGCCAGACGCGGUAGUGCCAUUCAGAUAGCCUACUACACACUGUGCUCAUUUCAAAUUCACCGGUCAAGAACCAACACCUCUGGAAUUGUGCUUUAGAUGAGAACUGAACUGUAGUGCGCUUCACAAAAAGGACCCAAGCUUUACAGGGCUCGAGAGGAAGCAAAUAAGAACAUCUGGAAUAAUCUAUUAGCCCUUGACAGCAGCCUCUUUGGAAUACAAAAACCACAUGGACUGUUUUGGAUUACCCUAACGUGUGCAUCAAUCAUAGUUCCAUGUGCAAACUAUUCCCGGUGGCGCAGAGCUGGAUAUUUACCAGGAUGCUAAACUUGUGAAGUAGCCUAACUCUCUUUCUUUGCUCUCUGUAUCGAAUAACCACAAUUCUUCCUCUCCAUCGUGCUUGGGAAUUCCAGUCUCAAAAAGAGAAAAUGAAAAGAUAUAGUCUCACAUUGGCUUGUUUAAUGGCUUGCAUACUUUCCAUCUGCUGUACUUUGGGCACAACGGGUACGGGCACAACUGGGGCAGAGACUCAAACUGUGACCCAGGAGUCGUGCGCUUCGUGCGGGAUGCCGGAGGCGUCAGAACGGGUGGAUAUAGACUUAUUGGAAGCAGUUAAGAGGCACAUCUUGAACAGGUUACAAAUGAGAGAAAGACCCAACAUCACACAUCCUAUCCCGAAAGCGGCGAUGGUGACAGCGCUGAGGCGGCUUCACGCAGGUAAACUACGAGAAGACGGAAGGGUUGAGAUCCCUAACCUUGAUGGACAGGCUGCCUACAGUAACGAGGUGCAAGAGACUUCGGAGAUAAUCAGCUUCGCAGAAUCAGAUGAGCUGACUUCAUCUCAAGCAUCUAAGUCCAGCCUCUACUUCCUCAUCUCCAGUGAAGGGAACCAGAACCUGUACGUGUCUCAGGCCAACCUGUGGCUCUACUUCAGGCUGCUGCCCACCGGCUCCGAGAAAGGGCCUCGACGAAAAGUCACAGUGAAGAUCCACUACAAGGAGGCAGGUACUGGGACUGCAGGUGGAGCCGGGGGGGGGACAAGGCCAGGGGGAGGAGGUCGGUGGACCCUGGUGGAGAAGCGCGUGGACCUUAAGCGCAGCGGCUGGCACACAUUCCCCCUGUCAGAGGCUGUGAGGGCCGUGUUUAGUAAAGGUGGCCGGCGGCAGGACCUUGAGGUGCACUGCGAGGGCUGUGAGGCGUCCAACGUGGUUCCUAUCUUAGUCGACCCAGCAGACCCUUCACACAGGCCCUUCCUGGUGGUCCGGGCGCGGCAGGUGGAAGGGAAGCACCGCAUCAGGAAGAGGGGCCUGGAGUGUGACGGGAGCAGUGGAGGCCUGUGCUGCAGACAGCAGUUCUACAUUGAUUUCCGCCUCAUUGGCUGGAACGACUGGAUCAUCGCACCUGCGGGUUACUACGGUAACUACUGCGAGGGGAGCUGCCCGGCGUACAUGGCAGGGGUACCGGGGUCAGCGUCGUCGUUCCACACGGCAGUGGUCAACCAGUACCGGAUGAGGGGCAUGAGCCCCGGCUCGGUCAACUCCUGUUGUAUCCCCACCAAGCUCAGCACCAUGUCUAUGCUGUACUUCGACGAUGAAUACAACAUAGUAAAACGAGAUGUGCCCAAUAUGAUAGUGGAAGAGUGUGGCUGUGCCUGAGACUGUCUGUGAUUUUUUUUACUUUGAACUUUGAAAGUCAAAUCAAACGACUAUAGUUAAAAAGUCUUGUACAAAAGGACCUUUUUGUACUAUAUACACACAUAUAUAUAUACAUAUAUAUAUAUAUAUAUA